AUGUCAUUUUUUAACUACAGAGACCACAUAGAGGAAGGAGACUUGGUGCUCGCAUUUAUCAACAGAUCCACCAUCAAACCUAUAUAUAUCAAGAGUGGAGAAAUCCUCAAUACUCGUUAUGGCCAUUUUCUCCAUUCUGCAAUGAUUGGUAUGAAGUAUGGUGCCCAGAUGCGUGGAGCAAAAGGGUACGGAUUCAUACACUUGUUGUACCCAAGCCCGGAGAUGUGGACUUUGUCAUUACCUCAUAGAACUCAGAUUGUUUACACACCUGACUCGUCAUACAUUAUACAGCGAUUAAAUGUUCGACCUGGAUCAAGAGUUAUUGAAGCCGGAACUGGAUCAGCUUCAUUUACACAUUCUUUUGCAAGAACAGUGGGGGAGAGCGGGAAGGUAUUUACAUUUGAAUUUCAUGAACCUAGGUAUUUGGAGGCAAAAACGGAGUUGCUGAACCAUGGGUUGACAAAUACCGUCAUUACGCAUCGCGACGUUUGUACUGGAGGUUUCAAUGUGGAUGACACGAUUGAUGGUGAUGUGGUGUUUUUAGAUUUGCCAUCUCCCUGGGAUGCUAUACCGCAUUUGGAUUCAGUCAUUGCAAAACAGAAACAAGUAGGGAUAUGCUGCUUUUCUCCUUGCAUUGAACAAGUUGCAAAAACGGUGACCGCGUUGGAGGAAAACGGGUGGACAAACAUCGAAAUGGUUGAAGUUGCUGCAAAAAGAUGGGAAGCGCGCAAAGAGAUGAAGAGAGAUGUCAACAACGCCAUCAACAGGAUCAAAGACAUACAAGUGAGGAAACAGCAUGGGAUUGAAAGUUUGAGAGCCGGACAACCACCUCAAAAAUUAGCUAAAUCUGACGACACAUUCAAGUCGGCGAGAAAAAGUGCUAAAGUAAAAGAAGGUGAAGAAGGGUACGAAUGGCUUGGAGUGACAAAGACCGAAUCUGAAAUUAAAAGUCAUACUUCGUAUUUAACGUUUGCAUAUAGAAUAUUGGUAUAG